UCUCUUUUAUCUACAGUUGCAAGGUGAAAAUAUGUAGACAAGAAUUAUAAACUCCGUUGUUAAUGCAAAUGAUUAGAUUUUCUCCAAGACAAGAUAUCAGACAUAAAAGCGAUACAUUUGCUAAAACUGCAAUUGAAAUGAUGUCAAGCGUCUUGGACAAAGUAGAUUUUAGUUAUGUACAAGGUCUCAUUAUCUUGUCACUUUAUCAGCUAAGUCAUUUUAAUGGAUACAAGGCUUGGCUAUAUUCUACUAUAGCUGUACGUAUGGUAUGCGAAUUGGGAUUAUACAAGGAAAAACUAUUUGAUGAAAGUCCUGGUACAAUUAUUAGUGUGGAUCAAUGGACGACAUAUGAAUAUGAACGAAGAGCAUUUUGGAUGACUAGUAUGAUGGAUACUUAUGGUGGUGCAUGUACAGGAACGCCCAUGUCACUCUAUAUAGAAGAUUACAACUUGUUACUACCCACAGAUCUUGACAUAAUAGAAACCAGCGAUGAUUUUUAUCAAGAGACAUUUGACGGUAGCAGGCUUAUUCAUUAUCACGUCAUUCGUGAUCCGUUCACUCAAAAGGCCGAAAAUAUCCAAGUCUGGCCACUGGACCCUAGAUUACCUGAAAACCAAGCAAAGCGUGAACAGAUAGGAAUAGAAUCAUUUAUUUCAAAAGCAAACGCAAUAUUAGGAAUGGUCGUACGUACCAUCAACAGGCAACUUCACUCACAGGAUACCCUCUGUUACUAUAGACAAGGAUCAGACUACUAUAGACACGAUAAAACUCUUGACGCGUGGCCAAGUGACCUACCUUUCAACCUAAGAGACACCCCUGCCAAUGCAGAAAAGUUUAAAGAAAUGAGUCCUAUCAAGCUGACUCAAUAUUUUGUGGUAUAAAUGAUGUAUUUUAUUUUAAGGAUUUAUUAUCAAAUUCAUUGUUGAUAUAGACGCACCUUAUUCACUAUGCUACUAUUAUCUUACUAAAUCGACCCGCUUUAGUAAUGAUCAAUUCAAUUAAGAAAGAGCCAGAUCAAGGAGUCAUUGAGGCAGUUCACCAAAGCGCAGGAAAAUGCAUUGAGGCGGCAAAUCGCGUGAGUUUGCUCUUGAAAACUAUUCGUUGUAAAGCAGACCUUUUACCAUGCUAUAUUGGCUACCUGAUCUAUGUGACAGGUACUGUCAUUGUGAGCGAUCGAUCCUUUAUAGGUGGUCAAUUAGACAGUUCAAAUAUAGAAGACUAUCUUUAUUAUUUAAAU